AUGAAUGGGUAUGAAUCAUUAGUAAAAAAUCUUAUUAAUUCUUCAAAAUCGAGUCUCCAUUUCAAUCAGGAUCAAAAGCUACAGUAUAUUGGCCAAUAUCUUCAUCAUUUUUAUAAUGACCAUCUUGAAAUACCAUCAAUAGUUGUUGCAGGCACAAAAGGAAAAGGAUCAACAUGCGCAGUUAUUGAAUCCAUCCUUAGACAUUCCGGAUUAAAGACAGGACUCUUUACUUCUCCUCAUCUUGAAACUCCUCGCGAAAGAAUAAAAAUCAACGGAGUAUCAAUAUCAGGUGAUGAAUACAUUUCUUCUUAUCAUAAUAUUACUUCCAAAUUAAGUACGAGCGGAUUCAAACAACCGCCAUUCUUCGGCUUACAUACUCUUAUGUCGAUCGAUGUAUUCGAAAAACACAAUAUUGAUAUAGCAGUUAUCGAAUGCGGUGUUGGUGGGCGCUUCGAUUGGACAAAAAUUUAUUCUCCAUUGACAUCAGUUAUUACUCAUUUAGAAUACGAUCAUUUAGAAACAUUAGGUAAGACAGCUCAAUCAAUUGCAUGGCAUAAAGCCGGAAUUUUUGCAAAAGAUAUUCCUGCAUUAACUGCUCCUCAAAAUAAACCUUUCAUGGAUGAGUUAGUAAGGUGUGCACAGCUUGAAGGUACAGAUUUGAAGGUUGUCUGCCCAUUUUGGAAUGAAAAAAUGGGACUUCAUGGUCCAACAGCUAAAGAAAACUCAUCUCUUGGCAUUGAAGCAGCAAAAACAGUUGCAAAGAAGAUCGGAAUAUCUCACCUCAAAGGGAUUGCAAAAGGAGUUGAAAAUGCAAAAAUAUUUGGAAGAUAUCAAGAACUAGAAAAUAAAGGAAUCAAGUGGUUACUUGAUGGAGCGCACACAAAAGAAAGUAUAUUAUCCUGCCAACAAUGGUAUGAUUCCCUUUCUAGAAAUCCAUCGAAUGACUGUUUGAUCGUUUCCACUACCAAAGAAAGAGACCCGAAUACUAUGCUUAGACCACUUUUGACAAAGGGAUUCAAAAAUAUCUUCUUCAUCAAGAAAGGCCACAAAGAUUUGACAAUUUCACCUCAUAUUUUAGCUUCAACGCCAGAAGAUGCAAUAAGAAGAGCACUGGCUACAAAUCCAAAAGGAAUCUUAGUUACAGGAAGUCUUCAUCUUGUUGGCAGAACAUUAAGAGAUAUUGGGUUCCCAACACCUUAA